AUGUCUGCCAACGAGAACUCACCGCCGGUGGAGGCCGCUGCCGCUGCAGCUGCAGCCGCCGCCGCCGCGUCCACGCCACGGUCGCGGCUGCCGCGGUGGACGCGGCACGAGACGCUAGUCCUGAUCCAGGCGAGGCGCGCCAUGGAGCGGCGCGGCCUGCAGCUGCCGGCGGUGCGGCCGCGGCCCAAGUGGGCGGCGGUGUCGGCCUACUGCUGGCGCCACGGCGUGGAGCGCGGGCCCAUGCAGUGCCGGAAGCGGUGGGGCAACCUGUCCUGGGACCUCAAGAAGAUCGUCGCGUGGGAAGGGAAGGCCAUAGCUGGCGCCGGCGCCGGCGACGCGCAGCACGAGUCGUUCUGGGACAUGCGCGGUGACCAGCGGCGCGCCAGGCAGCUGCCGUCGUCCUUCGACCGCGAGGUGUACGACGCGCUCGUCUGCGGCGCGUCCGCCGGAGACGGCGAGGACGCGGCCGCGGUCGUGAUGCCGCCGGACUUCGGCGACGGGGAGCUGGAAGGGGUGUACCGGCAGCCGCCCAUCAUGGUCAUGCCCAUAUCAGUGAGGAAGUACGAGCCCCCUCCUGCCUCUUCUGAACACGAAUGCUCUGGUCCAGUUGCAAUGAACUGCACGAUAAGCUGUUUCGCGUGUGGCCAUGGCAGUGACAGAGAGCGAUCAGAAGAAGGCGGGCGCGGCGGCGUCGGACAAGAACUCGACGUCGUCGCAGCACGACGGCGGCGGCUUCAGGACAGCGACGCGACGUUCGUGGCGGAUCAGGCAGAGGGCACGGCCACGGCCACGCCGGCGGCGACGGCGACGGCGACGGCCAGCAUUGGGAAGCAGGUGAUCGAGGCCCUGGAGAGGGGCAACCGGGCGCUGGAACAGCAGCUGGAGGCGCACAGGAGCAGGUGGGACGCCGACAGGGAGCAGCGGGCGGCUCUCCUCCGCGCCAUGGACAGGGUCGCCGACGCCGUGUGCAGGAUCGCCGAUAAGCUCUGA